UUGCUUGUGCUGCUUCUAAGCAGAAAAAGAGUAAAGAUUAUUUUCGUUUGUUCUUAACGUUAAAGAAAAGUUAAAUUUUGUUCUGUAGUUUUUGCUUUUUUGCUUGAAAAGUAAAGUGAAGAAAUCGAUUUAAUUCGUGUAUUACACAGAAAAUAUUCAGAAAAGGAAUUAUAAUUUCAACAAACGGAUUUUGUGAUCUAAGAAAGGAUACAAAUCGUGUGGUUGAAAAUUUAAAAGCUUCUAGACAAACAAAAUUUGUGUGAAAAAAAUUAAGAAAUUUUACGAAAGUUAAAUUCAUUGCAAUUCAAUUUUUAAAAUCUUAUCGAAGUUUAUCAAAAAAAUAAAUAUUCACAAUGGCAGUAUCAGUCGCAGCUCACUCAGCACCAAAAAAUCGUGAAAUGUUCGCUAUUAAGAAGUCUUAUAGCAUUGAGAAUGGAUACCCAUCACGCCGUCGUUCAUUGGUUGAUGACGCACGCUUUGAAAGUUCUGUAGUCAAACAAACAAAGAAGGUCGUAUUGGAAGAAGCACGCCUUAGGGCUAAUGAUGGAUCAGAAUGUAGAGAUAUUCCAAAUGGAGAAAAUGAUGAAAAUGAAGAAGAAGAACAAGAAAUCGACGAACAGGAAUACUAUGUUGAAGUUGAUGAUAAUGUUUAUGUCAAGCCACAAGAUGGUGGAAACGAUCAUCAGCGUGAAAAUAGUGAAAAAAAGGAUGAAGAUGAAGAUGAAGAGAAAAAAGAAGAAGAAAAUGAAAAAGAAGAAAAGAAAGUGGAAGUUGAAGAAAAGUCAGAUGAUUCGGAAUUAACAGAAGAAGAAAUGAUUUUACAAAAUGCUGCUGCUGUCUCAGAAGAAGAAGCAAAUGCUGUCAUUAAGGCAGCACUUGUUGUAAGAUUACGCGAUGGCAUGGGAUCAUUGGGACGUAUCUUGAAAGCUGUUGAAACUUAUAGAGGAGCUGUUAUUCAUUUGGAAUCACGCCAGUCACAUGAACAAGAUAUUCAAUAUGAUGUCUUGAUUAAAACUGAAAUUGCACGUUCAAGCUUGUUGCAAUUAUGCCGUUCACUUCGUCAAUCAAUGUCAUUUGGAGGUAUAACUGUUUUAAGUGAAAACAGUGUCAAUAUCAAGGCUCCAUGGUUCCCCAAGCAUGCAUCUGAAUUAGAUGACUGUAAUCAUUUGAUGACCAAAUACGAACCAGAUUUAGAUAUGAAUCAUCCAGGUUUUGCUGAUAAGGAAUAUCGUGCACGUAGAAAGAUGAUUGCUGAAGUUGCAUUCUCAUACAAAAAUGGUGAUCCAAUUCCAAUCAUUGACUACACAGAAGUUGAAAACCAAACAUGGCAAUCUGUCUUUAAUGUUGUUAAAGAUUUGGUUCCAAAACACGCUUGCAGAGAAUACCGUAACAUUUUCGAGAAAUUAGAACAAGAGGGAAUCUUCACAGAAAACAGAAUUCCACAAUUGCAAGAAAUGAAUGACUUCUUACACAAGAGCACUGGAUUCACAUUACGUCCAGCUGCUGGUCUCUUGACAUCCCGCGAUUUCCUCUACUCAUUAGCCUUCCGUGUUUUCCAAAGUACACAAUAUGUUCGUCACGGAAACAGUCCAAUGCACACACCAGAACCAGAUUACAUUCACGAAAUGUUAGGACACAUGCCACUUCUUGGUGACUCAUCAUUCGCACAAUUCUCACAAGAAAUCGGUUUAGCAUCGUUAGGAGCCUCAGAUGAAGAAAUUGAAAAGCUUUCAACUGUCUACUGGUUCACAGUUGAAUUUGGUUUGUGCAAGGAAAAUAAUGAAGUCAAAGCAUAUGGUGCCGGUUUGUUGUCAGCUUAUGGAGAAUUAUUACAUGCUGUCAGUGACAAGCCAGAACAUCGCCCAUUCGAACCAGAGAAGACAGCUAUUCAACCAUACCAAGAUCAAGAAUAUCAACCAAUCUAUUUCGUAGCUGAGAGCUUUGAAGACGCAAAAGAAAAGUUCCGCAGAUGGGUAUCAAACAUGUCACGUCCAUUCGAAGUCCGUUACAAUCCACACACCGAACGUGUUGAAGUUCUUGACUCAGUUGAGAAAUUGCAAUCAUUAGUAUCACAAUUGAACACAGAGGUGUUGCACUUGACGAAUGCAAUCGACAAAUUGAAGAAACCACUCUGCUAAGCUAUUGAAUAAGAAAAACAUAACCUAUAUGAUGUUCUUUACAGAAUCAUUGCCCGAUAAACCUUAUUAGACUUUAUAUUAUUAUGAUAAUUAUUAAUAUUUUAUUAUUAUUGUUAUGAUGAUUCAUGAUAGUAUGAAAGGAAGCAAAAAAGCAAUUGUGACAAUAAUUAUUUCUAUUAUCCAAUCUUAUGUGAUCGAAUUUGUUAAAUCUAAAUUCUAAAUUUUAUUGUAUUUGCACACAUAUACACACACACACAUGGCUAGUUUGUAGUAUUUUCUGUAUCUAUGAAUAUAUUUAUGAAACAUUUAUAAGUUCUCAUAUUCAUUUCGCGAUUAUUAUGUUCUUUGUAUCUCACUUAAUGCUGUUUUCAGCAAGCACAUUUGAGUAUUGAUUUUAUUGCAUUUUUUUGUAUAAACUUUAAGAGAAUGGCAAUGAAAAAAAUAUGAGAAAUUAUUGAAUAUUGAUAUUGUUUAGGAUAUAAGAUCCAAACUACACAUAUACACACGCAUAUAUAUAAAAGUAUAUUGCAAGAAUGCUUUAAAAAAGUAUAUGAUUUGUUCUUUUAUUUGCUCACUUCCAACAGCAUAUGCUCAAUAAAUGUAAUUAUAGUUAUCAGAUGUUGUCAUGACGUACAACUUGGAAACGAAUUACUUGGCAUUGUUGGGACAAUUUAACUGCAAUUUAUUGCCACACAA